AUGCUGGCUUGCGCCGCACUGCGGUACAAGGUGGGCUUGGUCUACCGGUACCAUGGCAAUGCCGCUGAGACUGGUGAGUACCUGUACGACCCGAACUACACGCCGACGCGGGACAUCGAGCAAGUGGUCCACACGCUAAGCGCAAUGUUCAAACCGACCUCUGUCGAGCCUGAGCUCAGGCAGGCAGGGGCUGCCUUCUACCGCUGCCGCAUGGCGGCACCCUUGCUCCUCGGCAGCAUCGCUGUACCGGUGCUCUCGACCGGUGGCGGAGAUGACGCACCGGUGCUCUCGACCGGUGGCGGAGACGAUCGCGACUAUAUUGUCCUCUCGCAAGUCGGUGGGCGCGAGGCUUGCCACGAGGCGUGUGUGGCGGAGAACGCGACUCUCGCCUGCAUUGACACUGAUAUUGAGACAUAUCGCGUCUCGCAGCUGCUUCGGCACGCGCCUGGUCGCGUCGGCGACGCAUGGCUCGCUGCGUGCAGCACGGAGUACGACAACUGGGCGCCGGGUCAGCCGUCCGAUGGCGACUGCAAUACCGUCGACCAAAGGGGCCGGUGGCACGCCGUCGACUGCCUUAGCGAGCGGCAGUGCCUCUGUGAGCGCAGCGGCGGCGUAGACUAUGAGAGCGAGGCGUGGCGAGAGCUGGCCAUCUUCCUGGCUGCGAAUGGGCUCUGGUCUGCGCUGCUGUUCACCGCCUUCUUGCGCUGGCUUCGCGAGUCGAAGCGACGAAGCCAGGCCAGCCUUCCCAGCGGCGGCGGCAGCCGGAAGACGCGCUUCUCCGUCGCCGCGCGCCUGCGCAGCGCCACCCGGGUCGGCCGGUCGCUGCGUGCUCGCGUCCAGGGGCUGCUGAUCACCGUCGGCGUCAUCGUCCUUUCGUGGGCCUUUUUGCCGUCGCUCAUGUUCAUCUUUGGGUGGUGGCCGCGACGGCUGGCGGGCUCGUGCUUCGUGUGGCUCCACUUUGCGAUGCUCGGCGUCUCGUCCAUCGGUCUCGCGGUCCGCCCCGUGGACCACGCCGUCAUCCGGUACAUCUCUUUGUUUGCGAGCGUCGUCGCCUCUGCCCUCGCCGGCCUGCUCCUCUACGCCUCCGUCUCCGGGCUCGACGACCCGACGCUGCGGAUCUGCUUCUUCAUCGGCGGCCUGGCCGCGCUCACCUUUUGCCCGAUCUUCUACCACGCCUACUACGUCUCUCGCACGCGGCCUCGCGCCGCGUGGCGGGGCAUCUGGCUCGGCUGCCGCCUGGCGCACGGUGCGAUCGGGGCGAUGGUGCUAGUCUACUUCACGCUGGCGGCGCUGCUGGACCAGAAGCUGGUGCCCGACUGGUGGCCGUUCGCCACCUCCACCGACCUCCUCCAGCACCCCGACGGCAUCCCAAUCAUCUCCUACUCGGAGAACUUCCGCGUCGUCUCCUUCGACAAGCUGCGCGCGUCCGACUUCGACCUCUCGCGGCCGAGCCAGGUGCAGGACCACUCGCACAAGGCGGAGCUCGGGAUGUGCGACGCCUUCCUCUCGCACUCGUGGCACGACUCACCCACCGCAAAGUGGGACGCCCUCUGCCGCUGGGCGAGCGACUUUGAGAAGGAGUCGGGCCGCCCGCCGCGCGUUUGGUUCGACCGCGCCUGCAUUGACCAGGACAAGCUGGCGGAGAGCCUCGCCUGCCUGCCCAUCUUCCUCGCCGGCUGCGCCAAGCUGGUCGUCCUCGCGGGCCCGACGUGGCCCUCGCGGCUCUGGUGCGUGAUCGAGCUCUUCACCUUCCAAAAGAUGACGAGCGGAGCGCAGCUCGACCGCAUCUCCGUCAUCCCGCUCGUCGACGGCCAGGGCACGGACGCGCGCAAGCGCUCGCUGGAGCGCUCCAUCGGCGCGCUCCGCUCCUUCGACGCCGAGACAGCCACCUGCUUCAAGCCGGAGGACCGGGAGGCGAUGCUCUCCGUGAUUGAGGCGAGCAUGGGCUCCUUCGGCGAGUUCAACAGUUGGGCGAAGACGGUCUUCGAGCACCGCCGCCUCUCCGACCGGAGGGCCAUCGAGCUCAUCUCGUCGCGCGUCCCGUCCGGCUCGCAGCGCGCACUCAGCCGGAUGACGCGCGGCCUGCGCGGCAGCAUCACCGGCUUCUUCCGCAUCGGCGCGCGCGGCCUCUCGCGCGGGCGGAGCACCGGCGCAAAGGUGGCGUCGCGUUCCACCGCCCCUGGCGGCGUGCUGCAAGAAGCCGGCGGAGGAGGAGCAUGCCAGCAGCUGCAUGAGUCGCGAGAUUCGGAGGAGCUGCGGAGAGAGCUCUCGCUGACGAUAAAGGUGGUACCGCGGCGCGGCUCGAGUGAAAAGUCCAACGCGCUCGUCGGUGACGGGCAUGCGCCAUGCACAGCUCUCUUUGCGCGCCUGAAGCCUGGAGAGCAGCUCCUCUGCUGCUCACACGCUCCGCACAGUUGGCACAGCCUACUGUGCGGCUGCCACAGCUGUCACAGCGAUGGGCUCGCCCUCACUGGCCCUCAGUCACUUGUGCUGCGGCUUGUGUGA